CCGCCGCCGCCGCCGCGACCAUGGGCGCCGCCGCCUCGCGGAGGAGGGCGCUGAGGAGCGAGGCCAUGUCCUCGGUGGCGGCCAAAGUGCGAGCUGCCCGAGCGUUUGGAGAGUACCUGUCCCAGAGUCACCCUGAGAACCACAACGGCGCAGACCACCUGCUGGCUGACGCCUACUCUGGCCACGACGGGUCCCCCGAGAUGCAACCAGCCCCCCAGAACAAGCGCCGCCUCUCCCUGGUCUCCAACGGCCGUUACGAGGGCAGCCUCUCCGAAGAGGCCAUCAGCGGGAAGCCGGCCGGCGAGGGCCCCCAGCCCCGCGUGUACACCAUCUCCGGGGAGCCAGCCUUACUGCCUGGCCCCGAGGCUGAGGCCAUCGAGCUGGCAGUGGUGAAGGGGCGGCGGCAGCGGGAGCGGCACCCUCACCAUCACAGCCAGCCCCUGCGUGCCAGCCCAGGAGGCAGCCGCGAGGACCUCAGCAGGCCCUGCCAGAGCUGGGCAGGCAGCCGCCAGGGUUCCAAAGAGUGUCCCGGAUGUGCCCAGCUGGCCCCGGGCCCUUCCCCUCGGGCCUUUGGGCUGGAUCAGGCGCCCCUGCCCGAGGCCUCUGGCCCCCGAAAGAAGCUGGAGAGGAUGUACAGCGUGGAUCGAGUGUCUGAUGACGUCCCCAUCCGCACCUGGUUCCCCAAGGAAAACCUUUUCAGCUUCCAGACAGCAACCACAACUAUGCAAGCGGUGUUCAGGGGCUACGCGGAGAGGAAACGCCGGAAACGGGAGAAUGAUUCCGCGUCUGUAAUCCAGAGGAACUUCCGCAAACACCUGCGCAUGGUCGGCAGCCGGCGGGUGAAGGCCCAGACGUUCGCUGAGCGGCGCGAGCGGAGCUUCAGCCGGUCCUGGAGCGACCCCACCCCUACGAAGGCCGACACUUCCCACGACUCCCGAGACAGCAGUGACCUACAGAGCUCACACUGCACGCUGGACGAGGCCUGUGAGGACCUGGACUGGGACACCGAGAGGGGCCUGGAGGCCUUGGCCUGUGACACUGAAGGCUUCGUGCCACCCAAGGUCAUGCUCAUCUCCUCCAAGGUGCCCAAAGCGGAGUACAUCCCGACCAUCAUCCGCAGGGACGACCCCUCCAUAAUCCCCAUCCUCUACGACCAUGAGCAUGCGACUUUCGAGGACAUUCUAGAGGAGAUCGAGAAGAAGCUGAACGUGUACCACAAGGGCGCCCGCAUCUGGAAGAUGCUGGUCUUCUGCCAGGGAGGCCCUGGACACCUCUAUCUGCUUAAGAACAAGGUGGCCACCUUCGCCAAAGUCGAGAAGGAAGAGGACAUGAUCCACUUCUGGAAGCGGUUGAGUCGCUUGAUGAGCAAAGUGAACCCAGAGCCGAACGUCGUGCACAUCAUGGGCUGCUACGUUCUGGGGAACCCCAAUGGGGAGAAGCUGUUCCAGAACCUCAGGACCCUCAUGACUCCUUACAGGGUCACCUUUGAGUCCCCCCUGGAGCUGUCGGCCCAAGGGAAGCAGAUGAUCGAGACGUACUUUGACUUCCGGCUGUACCGUCUGUGGAAGAGCCGUCAGCACUCGAAGCUGCUGGACCUCGACGACGUCCUGUGAGGGGCAUGUGCCACCACCCGGCCACCGCCAGGCCACUUUCUCUGGACUGGGGCACCUGGGGCUGGGCUGCCUCAUGCCAUCCAGGACCCUGCGGUCUGGUCUUGCCCAGAGCCACUUCAGGGCACCCUCAGACGUUGCUCAGGUUCUCUCCCGUGGGAUCUGGUACUUGCUGCACCGACGGGCCAUAGAGCCACAGUCCCUGGGGGGCUCAGGAGGAGCCUCACCCCGAGGCCAGUGGACACUUGGCGGCCAGGCACUGACCCGUCCCCGCCUCUCCUGGAGGCUGCAGCAUCGAGAAUCCCUCCACGGGGUUCAUAGAAAUAAGUGCAAUUUUCUACACCCCUGAAACGAUUCAAAGGGAAGCAGCAUUACUAGUUAACUAGUUAAGCAUUAUGCUACUAGUUACAGUGUAGACAGCCCAGCCCAGCGGCCUGUCGUGUGUUCAGGACCCUCUCUGACCCCCAACCCCCCAGCCCUGACGUAUUUGAUCACCAGCACCAGGGUGGCUCGUCUGGGGGGCUGGCGGCCCCGUCUACACUGGCUGUGUCUCUGACUGCUCUCGCUCCCUGCCACCUCCCUGCUUACUCUGACCUCAGCCCGUGCUGGCCCAGCGGGGGCAGCCUGGGCAGCCGGAGAGGAGGACACAGCCUUGCUCUCCUUUCAGAGGAGACUCUGGGUUGAAGCCCACCCCACCCCCUUCAAGCCCACCCAGCUCUCCUUGCUGCUGUUGAGUUCGGCUUUUGUGGGUCUCCAUCUGGAGGCCCCAGCACAGAAACGUGCUGGGCCCCAGAGGGCAAGAACCUCGCUGUGGCUACAAUGGUGGCCUGGACCCCACACCCCAGGCCUGAGAUCCAAGUAGCUGGUGCACUGUGGGGGCCCCUGACUUGGCAGGGGCUCACAGCCUUGCCUGAGGCCCAGCAGGGUGGGCUCUCCUGUACAUAGCUGGGGCUCGGGGGCAGGCCCCCCUUUUGCAGAGCCUGGGGCUGAGGGCACCUGGCUGUGUCCCUGUCCAAGAAAGGGGUUGGGUGGGGGCUGGGCUCUGAACA